AUGCCUACCGCCGGCCUCAAAACCAUCAUCUCCCUCUCCUUCGUGCUCGCCGUCGGGUUCCUGCUCGUCAUCCUCUCGUGCGCCCUGUACCAGUCGUACUUCCCGCUCCUCGUGGUCGCCACAUACGUUGUCGCCCCUCUGCCCAACUGGAUCUGCAGCCGGUGCGCCAACCCCGAUGACUUUGUGGAGAGCUCUGGCGCCGCCGUGCUCGACUUGGGACGGUUUCUCACGGGCUUCCUGGUUGUAAUGGGAAUGGCUCUUCCUAUUGUUCUCGCUCACUCCGACCUCAUCCGCGUCGAGGCCAUGGUCAUGUCGAUAGUGGGCGGCUUGUUGAUCUACGGAACCAUCAUCAGCUUCAGCUUGUUCUUCCACGAGGAGCAGGAAUUCUAA